UUAUUUAUCCGUUUUCAGACAAUUUUAAGUCAAAAUUAUUCAAAGAUCAUUUUGUCUUAUUUUGCACAUAUUCCUGAAUCUGUGAGAAAUUUGAGUGGAUGGAUGAAGUCCUGUGUAACCUGAUAUUUGCUUGGUUAAGUGGUUUUAGUCUAGAUUCUAAUCUGGCUGUUUUCAGCAGUGGCUUCUGGGAACCAGAGCGAAUUCUGUCUCCCACCCACAUUUUACGAAACACCUGAUCUGGUGGACACUCCUUCUGCACAACAUCAGACCAAUUCACCUGCUCGACUUUCUGUGAAGACUUGUUGGGUAAGGGACCGGCCGCAUAUCUGGAGAAUAAAACCUAAACGUUGGAGACGAUAAACAUAGUUGGAUGAGAAAUCUAGAGGGAAACCCACCUGCAGAGGCCUAAAGAUGAAGAUCAGAGUGGUCCAAAUCUGGGGAUUUUUAAUGACUGUGUUAGGCUGGGUUUUUGUGGCCUGCACUAUGGCUAUGGAGGGCUGGAAGAUAGCCUCAGUAGGUGGAAUGGGUGGUUCGUCCAUCAUUAAAGUGGCAUGGCACUGGUCCAGCUUAUGGAGAAAAUGUUUCACCGAUUCAACUGCAGUCACCAACUGCUAUGAUUUCCCUGCGCUGUGGUCUGUGGACGGGUAUGUUCAAAUAGUGCGAGGCCUACUGAUGGGAGCUCUUUCUCUGGGUAUGCUGGGGUUCAUACUCAGCCUGCUUGGUAUGGAAUGCACCUAUAUUGGGGGUAAAGACCCUUCAAAGUACAAGAAGAUCUUUAUAGGUGGAUUGUGUCACAUCAUCAGUGGUGCAUUGUCCACAUGUGGGUAUGCCAUGUAUUCAGAGUACGUCAUAAUCAAAAACUUCGAUUCUAACCUGACUGGACUCGAGUAUAGCCUUGGCACGCCGAUGUUCCUUGGCUGGGUGGGCUCGGCCUUUCACAUGACUGGUGGCUUUUUCUAUCUGUGGUCCGUGUGCAAGCCGCUCUGUGGAAGAGGAGAAAGGGUAAUUAAGGUAAAACCACAGCCAGACCAGGAGACAAAUAAGCCCACCACAGCUUCUUCUGCUGUAUCUGAGGUCACCUCCAAUACCACACUGUCGUCCAUCUCUGAGCUGUCGUCCCAGUCCGAGCGUUCGAAUGUAUCCUCGUCUUCCAAAUCGGCACACACGUCCAAAUCUGGGGGCACGGCCAGGUCGGGACGGACCCCCAGAUCAAAUGGAACCUCUGAAUAUGGUUCAGGAUCCAGAUCAGGAUCUGAGUUCCAGUCAGGCCGGUCCUUAGAGUCCAGCCUGUUUACUUUGUCGGAAUCAAGGAGCAGCAGUCGGAGCAGUUGGAACAGCGGCAGCAGUCAAAGCAGCAGUCACAGCAGUCAAAGCAGCCACACAGUGUCCUCGCUGUCUGGUAGUUUGAGAAGCGGAGCUACACCGUUUGUGAAAACGUCCUACAUUUGAACCGAUAAAUUAAAAUGUCGAAUGUCACAAUUACUAUGUAAACGACUCUGCGAAUGUUUCUGACAUAAAGCCAAAUUCUGAUUAAGUUACGAGAUGCAAGCUAACUGAAUCAUUAGCUUAUGAAUGUUAGCCGUUUUAUGUUAAGCAAUUGUCUUUGAUGAGUUGAGUUUUAUUUUAAUGCAUUUACUUGUAAUCUGAGACAUCUGGUAGCUUAAAAAAAAACACUAAAAAAACCCCACUAAAACAAAGGGUUAAUUCAAGCGUAAAAGCUAGUUAGCUGUAGCCAAACUAGCUAAUUUGGCUAGCUAAACUAGCACAUUUGACGGCUGCUAGCGGUUUGGCUACAGCUGCUAGCUAGGCCAAAAAUUGUUUGGCCUUCCCUUGACUUUUUAAUAGUAAGUUCCCUUUAUGUACUGACAAAUUGUUAAUUUUUCAGUCACAAAUACAACAAAAAUUUCUCUUGAUGUCACAAAUCCAAUUGUGUAAGUCAGAGCGUUCCUACAAGCAGGGUCCAAUAUGGCUGCCGCACAUACAGAAGGGGAAGCUGCCUACACGAGUAAUUACACUUCUUAUUGCAAGAUCCAAGCUGAAUAAUUAGGUCAAGAAAUUCAAUAUUAACCUCUUUAUAAUUGAAAACAUGUCUGUUCAAAAUCCAUAUAUUAAGCUAUUUUUUGUGUUUCUUCUGCAAACUUUAACAUGCUAACUCAAUAGACUGUAUUUGUGCUGUAAAUAAAAUAUUUUUUUGUUGAAAACAUUUUAUUUGAAAAUCUCAUGAUGUUACACUGACUGCUUAUAACUAUUCCACAUAACCCCAAUUGAAAACCAGUAAAUCGAUUACUCCAAUGAAAAUUACACCUGUUGAAAUUGAAUGUAAAAAACUUUACUAGUGAAUGUUUUGUAGUAAUAAAAUCUAAAGAUUGAUAUAAGUGUUUGUUGACG